AUGGGUUUCCGCUUGCCUGGUAUUAGAAGGGCUUCCUUUUCAGCAAACCUUACAUCUUCAAAAUGCGGUGAUGUGCCAAAAGGCUCUCUUGCAGUGUAUGUUGGGGAGAAAAUGAAGAGAUUUGUGAUUCCCAUAGCAUACUUGAACCAACCUUCCUUCCUAGACUUGCUGAGCCAAGCUGAAGAAGAAUUUGGUUAUGAUCAUCCUAUGGGUGGCCUCACGAUUCCUUGCGCUGAAGAUGCUUUUGAGAAUAUAAUUUCUCGCUUGAAUAGGUGCUAACAAGCUAUUGUUUAGAUUAGAUUGACAGCUCAAUGAUCACUGACAAGUCAACGCAAUUUUGUAAAGUAGGAAAGUUCUUAUGAUGUAUAGGAUUUUUCUGAUUGUUCUUGGAAAGGGAAAACACUCAUCUGAAUAUGAAAUCGUUAUGCAAGUUUCCAUAAUUUUCCCCUCAA